AUGACAGACCCGGUACCUGAGGGUAUGGACUCAUCAAUGUUCUGGACGGUUGAUACUGUCUCCAUUACGUUCGGCAUCCACUCACAUCAGGCGGUCUCGGACAAUUUGUGCGAUGUAGCCAUUCACGCUUCUCGUCUGAGCCGGGUGCCCGCUGCAUGUGAGACGAGCCAAUGCGAAGUACUUGGCGCGCUGCCGCCCGCGCCCGUCGAUGCUCACAUUGUAAAGAUCGACGGCGGGACGUACUUGCUCCUGCCAUAA